AAACACAAGCGAGUAAAACUCACGUAACACAAGCCGAGCGCGUGAUUCAAGAGAGCGGGGGGUUGCCAAAUUCAAAUUUUAAACUCAAAACAAACAUUUCAGGGACGAUUCCGAUUCCCAAAUUACAGUACUUCUUCGAUUCCCAAUACUCUCAGAUUCCCAAAACUCAGAUUCACCGAUUCUGUUAUAAAUCUAACACUCUGCGGUGUUGAAAGUGAUUCAUGGUGAGAGAGAAACAAAUCUUCGAAUUGUUUUGAUCUUGAGAAAUGGAUUUCAAUGCAAUGAAAAGGAAGCGUUUGCAAGCUUUAUGCAAAAAAAAUGGAAUCCCUGCGAACCUUAAGAAUACCGAGAUGGCGAGAAGACUCGCAUCUCUUUUCGAGAAGGAAACUUGUACGGAACCGAUAGUUUUGUCAGAUGAUUCUGAUGAAGCUGAUGUAGUUGUUAAGAAAGUAAGAUUCAGUCCUGAGAAUGAAGUUUUUGAAUUCACUCGUUCUCUGAAGGGGAAGGAUGUUCGAACGCGUAGCGAAGGGAUUGAUAAUGUUGGAGAAAGUGGAAUUGAGCUAAGGCGUUCAACGCGGAUUGUGGCUAAGGGGAAAGCAGUUGUUGGAGAUAAAGAAAAUGAGGCUCCCAAGGUCCCAAGGCCGUCGAAACGAAUUGGAUCUGGUGGUGGUAUUCAGGAAGAGUGUAAAGGAACCGAGUUGAUGGCUUUGGCACAGUUUGAGUACGAGGCUGAUAUCUCUGGAAGUGAUCAAGAUGGUUUCAAGUUAGAAAAGGUUGGGAGACGGUGUACACGGCUAGCAUCAAAGGCAGGAACCUUGUUACCUGCUAAGCGGUCAAAAUUGCUUGUAGAUAUCGAUGAUAAAGAAGAUGAGCUUGUCAAGAAUAAUGUGAAGGAGUUGGUAUCUAUGGUGCAGGCUAAUACCCUUGAGGAUCAGAGAAGGUCAACAAGGCUCAAACCUAGUUCUACGGUGGUUACUAGUCAAGAAGGAGAGAUUGUCAAAAAUCAAACAAAGGAGCUUUCAAUAGAUUGUGAGGUUCAGGCAACUGAAGAUUACUGUAGGAUGAAAGUCCAGGAUGCUUCUAAAGUUGAAAAGGUUCCUCGGCGUUCAAAACGAGGUUGCAACAACAUUGGUGUACUGAUGGAUAAGCAGCCCGUUAAGGCUGUGAAGCUUGAUCACCUCGGAGUAAAAAAGGCUCCAAAUCAGUUUAAGCAACGUGAAAAGCGUCUUAGUAAACUCCUAGUAGAUGAUGGCCAAGCGCAAAAGGGUGAUAAACAACCAAAGAAAACUUUUGGAAAUGGUAGUGAGGAUAAAAAUCUUCUGCGAAGUUUGACGCACACUACAUUAGCUAAUACGCUAGGUCAAGCAUUGAGUACGUCACCGAAGCCUUGCUCAGUUAUUGCCAGUGAAAAAGAUGGAGCCUCUGUUGAUAAUGCGAAGAAGUCAAAUGUGAAUGAUGAUUCAUUUGAGAACUCUGCGAGGGAUGAUUCAUUUGAGAAUCCAAUAGUGGUUGAAGGGAAUCUAGUUGAAAAGAAGACAGGGGAAACUCUUGAAAAGAAGAAGGAUAGAUCAGCUCAGGACAAUCAGACGCCAAGAAAACUUUUGGAUCAGUACGCUCAUCUCGAGCAAGAAGAAGCAGGCGGCACUAAUGUGGGAUCUAGAGGCCUUUCCAAGAGGUCAGAGGUAAUAAAUCAAAAAUGUGUUAAGGAGAAGUCACAAGGAAUGAUCGAGAACUCAACUUUUCCAUCUGACACCAAUGCUGCAGAAUCUGUUAUGAUUACUGAGAAUGUGUUGGAUUCUACACCGGAUAAAGCAGUUGAAAGUUCUCAAAGAAUAAACACUCAAGAGUUGAAUUCUGAACUUUUGGAAGAUAAACGUGAAGAGAAACUUGAGCGAGACACAAUUUUGAUUGCUGCGGUUAAGGAGAACGAAAAGGAAGGAUCAUCAUGCUCUGUACUCCUUAGCGAUCGUUUAUCACCUGCUUCAGUGCAUUAUUCAUUAAGCAAUUCUAAAGCUGAGCUAGUCGUCCCUACUGGCCAUAUAUUUGUUAAGGAGACUGCUUCAACAGCUGUUGAGGAUAAUACCAAAACCAAGGAUGAAAUCCUUAUUUGCACUCCUAUGUCUGAGCUUAAGGAGCAGACCUCUCUAGAAGCAAUCCUGGAAAAUUCAGCUGAAUGUUGGAAAGAGAUUCACCCAAGCAAAGCUGAUGAGAAAAGUUCCUCAGAGAAGGACGUACAAGCAGCAAAUUUACAUGGAAACGUUUUUGAAUACUACACUGUAAACAACAGUUCACAACAAGAAACGGAGAUUACUAAGGUCAGUUGUCUUAGUGCUGGUAAUUGUGUGGAAGUUAUUGGCUCUUCCAACACAAUGAAGACAGUGAAUCAAGAACUGGUAAAAGAUACGCAACAAGGAAUGACUGAGGAGCACUCACCUUCUACAUCUGAAACCAAAGCUGCAGAACCUGUUAUGAUUUCUAAGAACGAUUUGGAUUCUGCACUGAAAGUUUCAGGUUAUUCACUGGCAAGAUGCACGCAAGAGUUGGAUUCUGUACUUCUAGAAGGAGAACAUGAGCAGAAAACAUUUCUGAUGGCGGUGACUAAGAAGGGUAGAGGGGAAGCAUCAUCACUGUCUAAGUCUCUUGUUGAGCGGUCAGAAGUAAAAACACGUCACGAUAACAGCAGCACUGGUUGUUAUCUAUCUGGGGAAAAGACUAUGUCUCUUGCUUCAACACAAUUACCAAUAAGCAAUCCAAAAGCAGACCUAGGCGUGCCUACCAGCCUUAUCAUUGACAAGGAUAUUGUUUCGACAAUUAUCACCGAGGAAAAUUUUAAAACCAAGGAAGACACCAUUUACACUCCUAGAUCUGAGCUUAAGGAGCAUAGCUCUAUCUCUAAGUUAGCCAAAAUUGAAGCAAUCCUGGAAUCAACUGAAUGUUGCAAAGAGACUCACUUAAACAAAGAUGAUGAGCAAAGAAUUGAGGGCACACCUUGUACAUCUGAAACCAAAGCUGCAGUUUCUGUUAUGAUUUCUGAGAAUGUUUUAGAAACUACCCUGGAAAGUUCAGUUGAUAUUUCACAGGGAGGAAACACUCAAGAGUUGCAUUCUGAAUUUAUGGAAUGUGAAGAGAAACAUGAGCAAGAUACAGUUCUGAUGGCUGCAAUUAAGGAAAAAGAGGAAUCAUCAUCGCUAUUUGUUGAAACCACACCACCUACUACUUCAGUACUGUUAGCAGUGAGCAACCCGGAAGCUGAGUUAGGCGAUCGUACUGCCCAUAUUGUUGUGAAGGAUAUUUCUUCAACAGUUAUUGCUAAGGAAGUAAUCAACACCAAGAAUGAAAUCCUUAUUUCCACUCCUACAUGCGAACUGAAGGAGCACAGCUUUGUAGCUAAAUUAGCAGAAGAAAAGGCAAUCCUGGAACUUUCAUUUGAAUGUCAGAACGAGAUUCAAUCAGGCAAAGAUGGUGAGACAGGUUCCUUAAAGAAGACAAUACAAGCAGAAAAUCUUGAUGGAAACUUCUCUGGAUACAACACUAAGAAUAGUUCUUUUGAAAGAGGUUGCAAACUUAAUGCGUUAGAGCUGAGAAGAUGCUCGUCAACUGAUUUCACUUGUCAUUCUCUUGAGGAAAAUAACGUUUCAAAGGGUUUUGAGGAAGACAACACAGAAGUUCUGUCCCUAGCUCUACCUAGAAAUAACGAGUCUAGCGCCUUUGAUGAGUUAGUUAUAUUCACUACCCCAGAAAGGAAGUUGAUGUUGAUGGAACAAAGCAGGGAAAAGGGAAAGGCGCUUGCAGCUGAAUCAAUGACCGAACACAAUGAUGAAGUAGGAGAGUCUCAUGCUGUUGUUUUCACAACUCCUAAAGAAGUUUCAACGCUGGGGGAUGCUGAGAUAGAUGAGGCCGGAAAGGAAGACGAAUCUGAAAAAUCCACUGGGCUACAGAAUGAUCAACCUUCAGCCGAUUCUGAACUAAGCGAAACAGGAUGGCAAGGAAUCAAUAGUGCUGACAAGUCAUGUCUUUUUACAAGCGCGGAGAGACAACUAGUUUACGGAGGAUCUGAACAAAAGGAAGCAGUAAUGAUUGGAGAAAUAGUGGGUGCAGAGUUUCAUGAUGGGUAUGUUGUUCCAAAUGUUCCAGUUAAACAUCCCUUUCCAGAAAACUCAGAAUUGGACGACGCUGCAGAAGGUGAAGUUAAUAAGUCUGUGAAAUUGCGAGUUGACUCUGGCAUUUUCACUAGUGCCGAGAAACAUCUUGAAACAGAUGAAGAGAUAAAAGGAGAUAAUAUAACUGCUAAGUCUCAUGUUGUCUCUGAUCUUCUCACUGCUGCCGAGGGCCACUUUCGUCUGAUGGGAGAGUCUGAACCAGAUGAAGCUGAAAAAAGCAGGGAAAAGGGAAAGGCGCUUGCAGCUGAAUCAGUGACAGAACAAAACGAUGAAGUAGGAGAGUCUCAUGCUGUUAUUUUCACAACUCCUAAACAAGUUUCAACUCUGAGGGAUGCUGGGAUAGAUGAGGAGCAUACAUCUACCAACUUUCCUGAUGAAUUUGAUGUCAUCAAUACCACCGAGAGACACUUGAUGUCGCAAGGCGAAAAUAGAGUUGUUGAGCUUCAUGGCGAGUCUGGCAUUGCUACUAUUUCAGAAAGAAAAUUCACUGUGGAAGACUUUAAAGGAGAUCGAUCUGGAAUGAAUGAAGAUAAUAGGACUGUAGAGCUUCAACGUGAUUCUGGCACUUGUAGCCUGGAUACACAUACUCACUUGGGAAAUUAUGUAUCAGGUGGAGGGAACAAACCUAUGGAGUUUUAUGAAGAUUAUGUUGUUUUCACUGACCUGGAGAGAUAUGAGCUUGCUGGAUCUGUUGGACAUUAUAAAGCUAGAGAAAGUGAAGGAAAAGAGGUUGUGCAGUUGUAUGAGAAAUCUGAAGUGUCCACUGGGCCACACAGUGAUCAACCUUUAUCAAAUUCUGAACUAAGUGGAUGGCAAGGAAUCAAUAGUGCUGACAAGUCAGGUUUUUUUACAAGCGUGGAGAGACAACUCCUGUACGGAGGAUCUGAACAAAAGGAAGCAGUAAAGACUGGAGAAAAAGCAGGUGCAGAGUAUCAUGAUGGGUAUGAUGUUCCAGAAAACUCAGGAUUGAACGACGCUGCAAAAAGUGAAGAAAAAUAAGCAUGUGGA